UCCCUGCGUCAAAGCGCGGCAUAUUAUACAUCAUUACAGAAUUUGACUUUUAAUUAUCGAGUCUAUUGUCAACUUGAAAAUUAAAGAACUCGUCUGAAAUGGCGGAGAAAGCGUUUACAUUAGGAAUUGAUAUUGGAACCACUUCUGUAAAAGCUUGUGUUUAUGAUCCUAAGUUGAAAGAAAUUGUAGCCAAACAAACUAAGGAUACGGCAGCCAACAUACCGAGUGAUCAAGGCAUAGAGGGCAAUAAACAGGAUGUUCCAAAAAUAGUUUCAGCACUACACUACUGCGUGUCACGUCUUCCCAGGGAUGUUUUGCGCCAUGUCAUAAAUAUUGGAAUUUGUGGUCAAAUGCAUGGGGUUGUGCUUUGGAGAGAUGGUGCUUGGGAAAAAGUAGAAAAAGAUGAUGUGGUCAUUCGAUUUGAAGCAGUUAGAAACAAUAUGUCAGCUCUGUAUACCUGGCAAGACACAAGGUGUAAACCAGAAUUUCUUGAAUCACUCCCAAAACCAGACUCACACCUGAAAUGUUUUUCUGGUUAUGGAUGUGCUACUUUGUUAUGGAUGUUAAAGUAUAAACCAGAAAAAUUAAAAAACUAUACAUAUGCUGCUACUGUACAAGAUUUUGUAGUAUCUAUGUUAUGUGGCUUAAAAAAACCAAUAAUGUCUGACCAAAAUGCAGCCAGCUGGGGUUACUACAACACAGAAUCGAAUGAAUGGAAUAUAGAAAUAUUAAAUUCUGUGAAUUUUCCAAUAAGUUUAUUGCCAGAAGUUAUUAGGAGUGGAUUGUAUGCUGGUAAACUGAAUAGUUCUUGGAGUGGCAUUCCUGAGGGAACUCCAAUAGGUGCUGCAUUAGGCGACUUGCAAUGCUCAAUUCUUGCUACUUUAGAGAGUGAGCAAGACGCUGUUCUUAAUAUCUCUACUUCAGCUCAGUUAGCUAUUGUUGUAAAAGACAUAUCCGACUUGGGUUACAGUACAAUUGAGCAUUUACCAUAUUUCAAUAAUAACUACUUAGUUGCUGCAGCUUCUUUGAAUGGUGGGAAUGUACUUGCAACAUUUGUGAAAAUGCUACAACAGUGGAUGCUAGAAUUUGGCUUUCCAAUCCCUCAAUCUAAAGUAUGGGAAAAAUUAAUAUCCAUUGGAUUAGAAGCACCAACUUCAACUUCAAUGAAGAUAAGCCCCCAUUUGCUUGGAGAGAGACACAUGCCAUCUGCUAAAGUUACUGUAGAAAAUAUUGAUUUAUCUAAUAUUCAAUUAGGACAAGUGUUUAAGUCUCUAUGUAAUAGUUUAAUUGAAAAUUUGCAUAAUAUGAUGCCUAAGGAUAUUUUGCUUAAUGCAAAAAUUAAAAGAAUUGUUGGCAAUGGUUCUGGCUUAUCCAGAAAUGCAGUACUGCAAAGAGCUGUUGAACACUACUACAGUCUACCAUUAGAGUUUACAUGUGGAGGGGAUGCAGCAAAAGGAGCUGCUAUUGCUGUUAUUCAGAAUAAUUGCCCUGGGCCAAAUUGAUAAGUCUUUUUUAAAUCUUUUUUAAAGAAUGUAAUAUUGUGUACUAUACUUAUAUUCAUAAUAUUAUUUAUGAAUUUUUAUAUACAUGUUUGUUAAAUCAAUGUAUGUUAUUAUCUAAUAUUAGACAAAAAAAUUAUAGAUUUAGAUUUUUAGGAUCACAUAUCACAAUCACUUUAUUUUAUUACCUACAAUGCUACAGAUACAUAAUAUGGGUACUUUAUAAAUAACUAUAGCUUGAUUAUAUUCCUAUUUAUAGUGCUUCCUGCUUUACUGAAUUUAUAAAAUUAAAUUCAGGGAACUGGUAUCCGACACGAUUAUUUCGCAUGUUGGUCUUAUAAAAAUGUUAGUCUUUUGAGAUUAUGUAAUUAAAAUAUUGAGAUUGGAUGGGAUAUUCCUACUAGGAUUACUAUUUGCAGUAUUAUUGUAUAUCAUAGUGUUAAAUAAAAUGAUAACAAUUAAAAGGGGUUCCUGCCUAACACACUCCUAUUUCCAUUCUAACACUUAUACUCAUUCCAACAUAAAUAAUGAUGAUUUAAACAAAUAUAUGAUUAUUUCUUAUAUUUUUCCAUUUAGUAUAUAAAAAUAAAACAUUGAAAUUGAAUCUAGAGACCUGGAGCGAAGGAUCUAAAGUUUCUAAAAAUACAUUAAUACAUAAAAAAUAAACGUACAUACUUCCCGUUCAACCGUUGUUUAUUUUUUUAUUAAUUAAACUUA